AGCCAAGGCAGACGCUUAACGACUGAGCCACCCAGCCGCCCCAUACUUGUCCUAUCUUUAAAAACCUUUCCCUUUCUGUAGAGCUUUGGAGCUGUGCUCUACUUGCUAGAUGGAUGCUGCCCAAUUCACAAAUCAAUGAAUAAAGCCAGCAAACCUUUACAACGGGAUGGGUUGAAUUUUUGUUGCGUGACAGGAACUAAUCUAUUGUUCCCACUAAUCCUACUGAAACUUAUGAAACUGACUGUAACACCUCAGGGCGCAAACAUUUGAGGAGCAGCAACAUCUUUCCACCUCCGCACAGACUCUUUUAUUUCUGAAGUACUUCAAGGGAUGAUUUGUCAUUUACCUCAGCAAAGGAAUAUGGGAGCAUCUAAAAUAGUAGUUUUCUCUGGAAGCUGACUGACAUUCACGGAGUCUGAAAGCAUAGCUCUUCUCUGCCUUUAACGAGGAGCAAAUCCCGUCCCCCCGGCGAGGAGCAGCGCUUUCCCGCGUCCCUCAGGGCGCCACGUGACCACAGCUCGGCAACUCCAGGGGGGGGCACCCCCUGCCGGAGACCGCCAGAGCUCCGGGAGCCGCCCCACCCGGAAGAGCCCGGCCCGCGGACGCGGCGAGCAGCCAAUGAGGGAACAGCACACGGCGUUUCCAGGCGAGCGCAAGCCCCGGGGGCGGGACUUCCGGUCUCAUCCGCCAGGAGGUCUCUCUGCCUCAGGUUGGGUCUGUUUGUCCCGUAAGCUGCCGGAGCGCGCGUCAGGCUCCGGUGACCGGCCGUGAAGACGCGAGGGGAGGCGCUGUCCUCGCCGCACGCGGUCGAGUCCGGGUGUCCGCCCACCUCCGGCCUCGCUCGGCCCAGCGAGUCCGAUGGCGGCGGCCGCGCGCAGGGGCCCGGCUCCGGUAAGCGUCGUCCCCGCACCCAGACCCCCGCGGCCCAGGCCCCGGCGUCCGGGACAGGCGGGCGGCGGCGGGCGGGGGCCCCGUGCGGGAGCGGGCUCCGGGCCGAGGGCGGCCGGGGCCGAGGCGGGAGGGGGCCGCGCCAGCGGCGGGCAACAGCAGCUCGCCGUCCUUCCUGUCGGGAGCGCAGUGCCGCGCGGCCGUGAGGCCCGUCCCCUCGCUGCCCGAGAAGCCCGUCUCUCCUGGCGGGCGUGAGGUGGGCUCGGCCGGGUGUGAAUAGGCGUUCUCCGGCCGCCAGAGGGGAGAGCCCGCCGCGGGGCUAAGCGAGGAGGCAAUGGCAGGAGUCGGUGGCACUGUCCGCGGACUGCUGCUCGGCCCGCCUCGGAUGUCGGAGGACUGGUGGACUCCUGGGGGUGGUGUGACCUUUGAGGACAUUGCCGUGUACUUCUCCUGGAAGGAGUGGAGGCUUCUUGAUGAGGCUCAGAGACGGCUCUACCACCAUGUGAUGCUGGAGAACUUUACACUUAUAUCCUCACUGGGUUGUUGCUGUGGAGCAGAGGAUGAGGAGGCACCCUUUGCCCAGAGCACUUCUGUAGGCGUGUCACAGACCAGGACGCCCAAGGCAGCUCAGUCUUCCCGGAAGACCCACCCCUGUGAGAUGUGUGGUCCAGUCUUGAGAGACAUUUUCCACUUGGCUGCGCACCAGGGAAAAGAAAACAGCCAGAGACUGUUGAGGUGUGGGGCCUGUGGGAAACGAUUUUAUUUCAAUGUAAAGUUGCAGCAGCAGCAGGAGCAGCACGUGGGAGCAGAACCCUUCAGAAGCCGUGUGGACAGGGCCUCUGUUGUGAAGAGCUGGGGAUUCCAUGGUUCAGGAAAGCCCCCUACCUUUGGAGAAGUUCAGAAGGACUUCCUGUCUGGCUCGGGGCAUCUGCAGCAAGAGGCCACUCAUACUGGGGAGAAUCCAAAGGAAAUCACCCAGUGCAGGGCAACUUUACAAAGCAGAAAAAGUCAUGACACCUGGGGAGAAUGCAAGAACGCCUUUGGUCCCAAACACACACAUAUUCAGGACCAGGGUGUCCACCUUGGAAGACAGUCCUUUGUGUGCAGUGAAUGUGGGAGAUCUUUUAGCACUCAUACUACUCUCCAUUAUCACCACAGAGUUCACACUGGAGAAAGGCCUUAUGAGUGCAGUGAAUGUGGCAAGUCCUUUACCCGAAGACAUAGACUCAAUAUGCACCUAAAGGUUCACUCAGGUGAAAGGCCUUAUGAGUGUAGUGAAUGUGGGAAAUCUUUUAUUUGUAGGUAUGAACUCCAGUAUCAUCACAGAAGUCACUCUGGAGAAAAACCUUUUGAGUGCAGUGAAUGUGGGAAAUCUUUUACCUAUCGCUCUGCCCUCAGUUAUCAUCAGAGAUCCCACAGAGGAGAAAGGCCUUAUGAAUGCAGUGAGUGUGGAAAAUCUUUUACUUCUAGCUCUGCACUCAGGUAUCAUCACAGAGGUCACACAGGAGAGAGGCCUUACGAAUGCAGUGAAUGUGGGAAAUCCUUUAGACAAAAACAUUCCCUCUCAAUACACCAGAAAAUUCAUAGUAGAGGAAACCCUUACAAAUGCAACAAAUGUGGGAAAUCUUUUUCUUGUAGUUCCAGUUUCCAUUAUCAUGAGAGAAUUCACACAGGAGAAAGGCCUUACGAGUGCAGUGAGUGUGGGAAAUCUUUUAUAAGUAGUACUGCCCUUCAUUAUCAUCACAGAGUUCACACUGGAGAAAGGCCUCAUGAGUGCCGCGAAUGUGGGAAAUCUUUUAGCACUCAUAGUGCUCUUCAGUAUCAUUGCAGAGUUCACACUGGAGAAAGGCCUCAUGAGUGCAGUGAAUGUGGCAAGUCCUUUACCCGAAGAAAUAGCCUCAAUAUGCACCUAAAGGUUCAUUCAAGUGAAAGGUUUUAUGAGUGUAAUGAAUGUGGGAAAUCUUUUAUUUGUAGGUAUGAACUCCAGUAUCAUCAUAGAGUUCAUUCUGGAGAAAAACCUUUUGAGUGCAGUGAAUGUGGGAAAUCUUUUACCUCUCGCUCUGCCCUCAGUUAUCAUCAGAGAUCCCACAGAGGAGAAAGGCCUUACGAAUGCAGUGAGUGUGGGAAAUCUUUUACUUCUAGCUCUGCGCUUAGGUAUCAUUACAGAGGUCACACAGGAGAGAGGCCUUAUGAGUGCAGUGAAUGUGGGAAAUCCUUUAGACAAAAACAUUCACUCUCAAUACACCAGAGAAUUCAUAAUGGAGGAAGCCCUUACAAAUGCAACCAGUGUGGGAAAUCUUUUACUUUUAGUUCCAGCUUCCAUUAUCAUCAGAGAAUUCACACAGGAGAAAGGCCUUAUGAAUGCAGUGAGUGUGGGAAAUCUUUUAUAAGUAGUACUGCCCUCCAUUAUCAUCACAGAGUUCACACUGGAGAAAGGCCUCAUGAAUGCAGUGAAUGUGGGAAAUCUUUUAUCACUCGUACUGCUCUUUCUUAUCAUCACAGGGUUCACACUGGAGAACGACCUUAUAAGUGCAGUGAAUGUGGGAAAUCUUUUAGGGGAAAAUCUAACCUCUCUCAACAUUGGAGAGUUCACACUAGAGAAAGGCAUGGUUGUAUAAUGAAUAUGCGAUUUCCUUAUUCAAUGUAAUGCCACUGGUGGAAACUUUUUUUUUUUAAGAUUUUAGAUAUUUAUUUGACAGACACAGCAAGAGAGGGAACACAAGAAGGGGGAGUGGGAGAGGGAGAAGCAAGCUUCCCGCCGAGCAGGGAGCCUGAUGCGGGGCUCGAUCCCAGGACCCCGGGAUCAUGACCUGGCCGAAGGCAGACGCUUAACAACUGAGCCACCCAGGCGCCCCUGGUGGAAACUCUUUGAGGAGCCACUUGCCUGAUUUGAAUCUUUUACAGUGGGGAGAUUCUUUAUAACGGAAGUAUGUGUGGGUAUGUUGCAUUUCUAAAUUGUCCAGAGAUCUCUCUAGAUUUAUGUAACUGACGGUUCUGUGACCCUUUCACUUCUGCCAACACGGUGCGCAUCAGUCCUCACCCCAGUGUACUCAGAGAAGCUGACCUCGGUUCCCAUGAAUUGGAGCAGAUUAGCAGUAACCUGAGGUCUUAGGGGCAGCUUUGCCUCCUCCUUGAAUACCUUCAGGGCAUUGACCUGAAUCAGUGAUAACCCAGAGAACAACAUGAAUUUGGCUGGCAGCUUAUAGAGAAUGACUACCUUUUUCAGGAACAUGUUGGUCUCGUGUGAUACUUCUGAUUAGUUUUUCCAGGUUCCAAGUCACAAACUGGAGAACUACCUGCUCCACGUUGAUUUGGCUAAGAUAAUAAUCAAGGCCUUACUGUUUAAGUCCUCUUUAACCUUGAAUGUUCUACUUACUGUGAGGGGUAGUUUAUAAAAUGAUUUGGGCUCAACAAGCAUCAAAGGGUGAACUGUUUAAGAGUCUCAAAUUAUCUGUGCCUGAGGAGGGAGAGGAUGGCAGGAAAUAGCUUGCCAAUUUUGUUUUGUUUUGUUUGUUUGUUUUGUUUUAAAGAUUUUAUUUAUUUGACAGAGAGCUAGAGAGCACAGGUAGGCAGAGUGGCAGGCAGAGGGAGAGGGAGAAGCAGACUCUCCGCUGAGCAGGGAGCCGGAUGCAGGGCUUGAUCCCAGGACCCUGAGAUCAUGACCUGAGCCGAAGGCAGACGCUUAACGACUAAGCCACCCAGGCACCUCUGUUUUUGGUGUUUUUUUUUUUACAGAGUACAACAAAAUUAGUCACUUUUAUUUAAAAGAAACAUUACAAAUAAGUGCAAAAUUAAAUUUCAUGAUUAAAUACACACCAAAGUAACAUGCAUACUUUACACUGAAAUCCACAUACAAAGUUAGUUGAUUACAUGACAGUGAGAGAGAACUGGCAGAACCAGGAGCUGCCGCUGCAGACUUUCAAUGUUUACAACCUGAAAUCAAAACCAUACAAUUAGGCUUCUGUAAAGGGAAUUUAAGAAAACGGAAUACGUACCUUUGGGAGUACUAACAACAGAGCCCAUAACCUGUUUCAGACACCGAUGCUAGGAAAUGUUGUCAUGUGCCUUCCCUUCUCAGAAUGCUAGUGAGAGUGGCUCUGAGCAACGACGGGGGCGCGGCGGGCUGAGGCUUCUCGCUCCUGCCCCGGUGUCCGGCCCGGCCGCUGUGGCACCCAACCCUUCCCUCCACAUCCUCUAAAUUAAGUGACCAUCUCGGUGUUACUCUGCUCCCUACACACAACGGGGAAACUCAGGAGACCCGCGGGGCACACGAAGCGCUCUGCUCGCCGUGGGUGAUGCCAACAGCUUCGACAGACAAACAGACGGGGACGGCUGCGCCACAGACCCGGGAGACCAGGACGCCAGCUCACAGGGAGACGCCCACCCUAGGCUCUCUGACACGGUUGUCUCUUUGCGUCAUGUUCAGAGGGGAGAAGGAAUUCCUUUCUCCUUUUCUAAGGCAAGCUGCUGGUAUUCUUGUUCUAUUUAGAAAUCUGGUGUAAUGCAAGAACUCGCAUUGACACAUUUGUUCAUUUCCCCAUUACAGACUCAGUAAAAAUGAUGGAAUCUAUUGCCAAAACAAAUUUGUAUUUGUCCAUCCCUUUGUCAACCCAGUCCCUACAUGUGUACGGAGCCCCCAGGUGCACGGGGGAGGCGCAGGUGGGAGGGCAGAAGCUAGCGUCAAAGCUGAACUAAAGGUCGCGGGCCAGCAGUCGGGCCCAGGCGGCUCAGAGCCACUGAGCGUCUACACUGCCUUGAUGAUGAUUCGUCCUUUAAUACUGGAAAUGGGAAGCCCUGCUCAAGAAAACAGACAACCACAGAAUGGCCUCAGGACCAAGGUCCCUGGGCAGUCCUCCAGCCGCUGACCCACGAGGCCCAAGGGCACCAGCACCCACCCCAGGAGUCUGAAGGGCACACGCAGCGCUUCGGGGGUGGCCGGCUGUGGGUGCUGGUUGCACUCCCGGUGGAGUCACAGCUUGUCAUCGGUCAUUUCUAGAAACUGUGCGUAGACGUCCCGGAUGCACUCCCCCUUGGGGAUGAAUAGGAAUUUGUAGUAGCUGCCGUCUGCACAAAUCGCAAUGAUGGCAUUUGGCUCUGUUCCAAAGGCACAGAUGCACGGAGAGCCUAAGGGAACCUGAAACUAGACUGUUUAUUCCUUUUUGGAUCUUCGGCAGCAAAAAUGUGCACUGUGCCAUGGUCACUGGACACGCAGAUGAGGGAAGCGUCCGGAUUGAAGUUAAUAUAAUAAAUAUUGGCUGCUUGAGAUCCUCUUCGUAGUUCCUGGAUUAAAUGCCCUGAUGAAGUAUCAAAUAUUCUUAUAAGGGUCCCUUUCUCAGAUGCAGUUGCAAUUCUUGUUCCCUGCAGGUUGAGAGCAAUGCAGCUCAGGACACCCUCAUAGGCUGGAAUGUCCACAGGCAGCUUCUCGGUGCUGGCCAGGUCCACGAGCUGCACGUGGCCCAUGUGUAUGCCCGGGAAGGCCAGGAGGGAGUUGUUACUGUUGGGGCACAGGACGCAGAGGCCUUUAGGAUUAUAGCAGGUUUCAAAGACAUGUAACUGAUGAGGAUUAUGUGUGAACGUAAACACCUUAAUCAUUGAGUCCAAAACAACCACAAUUCAAUCUCACCACAGCUAGACUGCUUUGACUUCUGUAGAAAAUUCUAUUUCAGUAACAGUCUUCUUCUUCAGGUCAUCCCAGAUCAUCACUUUGUUGGGGGCGUAUUUUGGCUUUUUCCCACCACCGACUAAAGCUAAAUAAUUGCAGCGAAAUAACAUUUCAACAUGGCCAACUCCUCCUUCCAGAAAUUCUUGUUUCUCUUUUUCUUUUAGCGGAUCGGUGUUAUAGACUCGGAAUCCGUUUUCCAUCCCACAGGCAAAGCAUCCGUAGUCCUGGUUGAAGCUGGCAUAGAGCAGCCCGUUGCCGUGGGGCUUACACGGCAGGAGGUUCAUGGCGCCACCACGAAGGUCCGCUGCUCCUCAGCGCCGCAUGCCCUCGGGGAGGCCGGGCACUGGGGUCCCGUCUGUCCGGCGGAGGCCGCUGUUUUGUUUUGUUUUUUAAGUAAACUGUGUGUUUGACUUGGGGCUCAAACUCAAAACCCCGCAGUCAAGAAUCACAAGCUCUACUGAAUAAGCCAGCCAGGCGUCCCAGCAGCCUGCCAGUUUGGACUAAAUUUGCAUUGCUGCCUCACAGCCUCCUGGGAAAAACUGCGGGGCUUUCUGGUCUUCGUUUGAGGCCUGGAUGACAUGUGUUUUAGGAGCCUCAAUGAUGACCCCCAGGAGGGGGCAGGUGUGAGACUCUUGGUACUUCUGAAAGCAACAUGAAUUUUUUCCCUUACUCAAAGGAGACAUCACGGGAUGUCAGCACUGCCGAGGGGGUAUUUUCCCAUGCCUACAAAUAGCCAUGUGCUCUGAUGUCCACAAUUCACUGGGCUAAGGUCACUGGCUGUAAGACCAUAGGGGUCAAGGGAAACCGUAAUUGGUACAGAAACACUGGCUUAAUAGGCAGGGGAGGAGGGGCGCCUGGGUGGCUCAGUUGGUUAAGCAACUGCCUUCGGCUCAGGUCAUGAUCCUGGAGUCCCUGGAUUGAGUCCCGCAUCGGGCUCCCUGCUGAGCAGGGAGUCUGCUUCUCCCUCUGACCCUUCCCCCUCUCAUGCUCUAUCUCAUUCUCUCUCUCAAAUAAAUAAAUAAAAUCUUUAAAAAAAAAAAAGAUUAAAAAUAGGCAGGGGAGGAGACUGCAGCCAACUAUGGAAUGUUUCUCUUCUAAAAAUGCAUCCAGACCAGUUUCUGUGACAGUGACUCUGCAGGAUGAGUGUGUACACAAAUCAAUGUAGCUGAAGUCAUUGUCAGAUAGAAUAAUUGAAAGAUACUGGUGAUUCCUUUAACCGCUCCAUGUUUCCCACCUCAAGAUCAUUACUGCACAGAGAGGAAAACAAGAUAUUAAGAGAGGUGAGGGGCGGAAUCUAUAGUUUGUUGAUGUGGCGCUUAAGACCCAGGCAGUGUUCCUGUUAACUCCGGUGGAAACGUCCUUCAUUGCUCCCUUUAGUUGGAGACACUGAGGCAAGACUGAGGCUCAGAGGACAUGGGAACAAGGUGGUGCUGUCAGGAUAGGGUUGCCAAACCUAUUUUUAUUUUGAGCCAAUUUUUUAAACUUUAUAAAAGUUUAAUUUAUAGAUGCUAAUAAAUUGCAUAUAUUUAAGAAUGUAAAAUUUGGUAAGUUUUGACAGGGAUAUGAAUCUCUGACACCAUGAUAAUCCCGAUAAUGACCAUAGAUGUCAUGGUAUAUAUUACCUCCUGCCCUAUUAUAAUCUCUCCUUACCCUGCCCACCUCUCCAGGUAACCAUUAUACUUUGUUUUACAAUGGAAACCAUCACAUUUUUAAUUUAUAUGUUUGGAAUCAAACUGUUUACUCUUUUUUUUUAUUUCCUUUGUGUUUCAUAAUUACUCUGACUUCUUCAGUGAUGUUAUACAAGUAGCUCACUUUUCUGUCUAGAUAACAUCCUUAUGUUUGCAUAUGCCACUGUUACUUUAUCUUUUUUAUGGGCUUUUAGGUUAUUUCUAGAUUUUGCCUAUUGAAAAUAAAGCAGUCACAAACAUUUGUCAGUACUU